AUGAAAGAUAAAUAUGGCAAGAUUCAGGAACCUGGAAUGAUGAGAGGUGUAGAAUGUUUGGUGAAAAAGAGAAAGGAAGCGGGUCCAUUUUUCAGGUUAUUAAACCUGCGCAAGCUGGGACUCAGUGAUAAUGAGAUCCAGAGACUGCCUCCAGAGGUUGCUAACUUCAUGCAACUUGUUGAGCUCGACAUCUCUCGCAAUGAUAUCCCUGAGAUUCCUGAAAGUAUUAAAUUCUGCAAGUCUCUAGAAAUAGCUGAUUUCAGUGGGAACCCCCUUUCCAGGUUACCUGAUGGGUUCACCCAGCUCCGAAUCCUCGCACACCUCUCCCUCAAUGACGUCUCCCUACAGUCUCUGCCAAAUGACAUUGGGAACUUAGCCAACCUGGUGACACUGGAACUUCGCGAGAACCUGUUGAAGGCACUGCCAACGUCCCUAUCUUUCCUGGUGAAGCUGGAGGAGUUAGAUCUUGGUAGCAAUGAACUGGAAGUGCUGGAGCUGGGAAACCUGAGACGCCUGGUGUGCCUCGAUGUUUCAGAAAACAAACUUGAGACGCUCCCCAAUGAGAUCAGUGGACUGGUGGCAUUGACUGACCUUCUCCUCUCCCAGAAUCCUCUGGAAUCCAUACCAGAUGGCAUUGGCCAGUUGAAGCAGUUGUCAAUUCUGAAGGUGGAUCAGAACCGGUUAACAGAGCUAACGGAGGCGGUGGGUGAAUGUUGCCAUCUGACAGAGCUCAUCCUGACAGAGAACCUGCUGACGACGCUCCCAAGAUCUAUUGGGAAACUGAAGAAACUGACCAACCUGAAUGUGGAUCGGAACCGCCUCCUGGCUUUACCAGCUGAAUUGGGAGGUUGUGUGAGUUUAAACGUGCUGAGUCUCCGUGACAACCGGCUAACCCAUCUCCCACCUGAGCUUGCAAAUGCUUCAGAGAUUCACGUGCUGGAUGUGGCUGGUAACAGGCUAAUGAAUCUACCUUUUGCACUGACUAACCUCAAUCUGAAGGCUCUGUGGUUAGCUGAGAAUCAAUCUCAGCCGAUGCUCAAGUUCCAAACAGAGGAUGAUGAGAAAACUGGUGAGAAGGUCCUGACCUGCUACCUCCUGCCUCAGCAGCCGUCCCCCAGUCUGGAGAAUCUCUUGAAUGACAGCCUGGAUGAGGGCUGGACAGAGCCUAAUCUGAACCGAGUCAGUGUGAUCCAGUUCCAGGAGGAACUGAAGGAUGAUGAGGAGAACGAGGAGGAGGCAGAGAGACGGGGUCGGUUACAACGCAGGGCGACCCCACAUCCCAGUGAGUUGAAGGUGAUGAAACAGGCGAUUGAAGAAAGGAGGGGAGAAGCCCUCACUAUGAAGGCCCAGGAUCAACCCUCUUCACCUGAGUCACCCCAACCACCGGUCAAGAGGCCCAACACCAGCUCCAGCAAAGCCUCCAUUCCAGUUGGACUGAUCAAGGAGGUUCUCCUGAAAUUACCAUCAGAAAUUACUGCCCCUCUUCAGCCUGAAAUACAUUCAGCGAUCUUUAUCUCGCGGUUAGCUGAUGGAGGAUCUGCACACAGGGAUGGGAUCCUGCGAGUUGGAGAUCGGGUUAUCUCGAUCAAUGGGGUAGAGAUGGCAGAUGCCAGGCAUGAUCAGGCAGUAGCACUUCUUACGGGCACAGCACCCACCAUCACCAUGGUAGUCGAACGUGAGAUGUCAGAAUUAGUGAAAUCUGCAGAUGACGUGCUGACAGGAGAUGGCUCCCCGUCUCUGCAUCGAGCGAGGCCAUACUCACCGCCUCCUGCUGGCCAGUCGCUGAAUGACGAUUACCAUGAUCCCGCGAUCGAGACUGUCACCCCAUCUAACCAGCCGGCUGUCAACCUUCCCACUCCAGAGGAAUACCCUGUGGAGGAGAUUGUUUUGUUAAAGACAGGAGGGCCCCUGGGGCUCAGCAUUGUUGGAGGAAGUGACCAUGCCAGCCACCCGUUUGGAAUCCACGAGCCUGGUGUCUUCAUCUCCAAGGUUAUUGGCGAUGGCCUGGCAGCUCGUAAUGGCCUCCGGGUUGGUGACCGUAUUCUGGAAGUGAAUGGUAUCGAUCUUCGCCACGCGACCCAUCAGGAGGCAGUGAUGGCUCUGCUAUCGAACCAGCAGGAGAUCCGGCUGUUGGUACGCAGGGAUCCAGCUCCACCUGGGAUGCAGGAGAUCCAGAUUGAGAAGCUGCCUGGAGAGAAGUUGGGCAUCAGUAUCCGAGGAGGAGCCAAAGGCCAUGCCGGAAAUCCCUUUGAUUCGACAGAUGAGGGAAUCUUUAUCUCCAAGGUGAGUUCGAGUGGAGCAGCAGCUCGUGAUGGUAGGCUGCACGUGGGACUGAGGAUACUCGAGGUUAAUAACCACAGCCUGCUGGGAAUGACCCACACUGAAGCAGUACGCAUUCUGCGAGGAAUCGGAGACACCUUAACGAUACUGGUCUGUGAUGGCUUCGACCCUCGGGCAGCCCCCGCCAUAACCGCGGAGGCAUCUCCAGGGAUCAUUGUUAACCCUUUUGCUGCUGGAAUGGGCAGAAAGAACAGUAUGGAGAGCAUCUCUUCCAUUGACCGUGACAUGAGCCCUGAAGAACUGGAUAUUUUGCAGAAGGAGAGAAUGCGAAGGGAGCAAGAAGAAGCAACACAGAGAUUGGAGCGAGAAACUGAGAAUUUCAGCACAGAGCCACUGAAAAUGGAUUACAGGACCCUGGCAGCACUCCCCAGCAGUGCCAUACAGAGGGUUAAUCGGGGGUUUACUGGACUGGCAGCGAUGGAGAUUCAGAGCAGUCAGCCAAUGGAGCAGGAAGUGGUCUCCUCUUGGAGACCGGGCACUGCCAGCGACCUGGGGCCUCUCAGUAAUAAGCAGCAUGUUACAGAACCCAACCACGGGCACCUAGUGAUGGAAAAGAGCAGUGGGUGCAGGCUGCUGCCAGAAACCAGCCAGGAGCAGGAGGUUUUGGUUGACCUGCAGCCCAUUCCCUUCCACCAAAAUCCGUUUGUGGUGGCAAACAGGAAGGGCCGAGGGGACGCCGGGGAGUGCCCAGCAGGAGGAGCAUCUCCACGAGGCACGAGGGGCAACCCCCGCCCCAGCAUCCAGGACAAUUCAAGUGAAUCUCCUGUUGUCGGUAACAGUGGCACGCGGGAGUUCUGCAGCUCUCCGACUUCCCAGGAUUUCUUCACGCAGAGAAUUAAACCCAAAUGGUCAGGCGAGGUGAGUCUUGUUCGCUGGUCCCUUCACUCUCACUGUGGCGGGGCUGGCUCCGUAAAUGGGGCUGCAAAGCCUCCUGGGAGGUUUCACCGGCCAAUGGCACUCAACGUAGCAAACACUCUGAAAGGUGCCAGUAUUUUCACACACUCUCAAGUUCAAGGCUGCUCUUAGCCAGGAAGCCCAAACAAAACU